AUGGGAGUCCCCGCCUUUUUCCGCUGGUUGUCCAGGAAGUAUCCGAGCAUUGUUGUCAACGCUGUCGAACAAGGAAAGACCAUUGAUGGAACCACUAUUCCUGUCGAUUCCACUCAACCAAAUCCCAAUUUUCAGGUAUGACUGUUUUAUUUACUUUUGCAGUAUUAUUUAAUUCGUUUUUUUCAGGAGUUUGAUAAUUUGUAUUUGGACAUGAAUGGCAUUAUACAUCCAUGCACUCAUCCGGAAGAUAGACCAGCCCCGAAGACUGAGGAUGAGAUGUUUGUCUUAAUUUUCGAGUACAUUGACCGUCUGUUUGCCAUUGUCCGACCCAGAAAGUUGUUGUACAUGGCUAUUGAUGGUGUUGCUCCAAGAGCCAAGAUGAAUCAACAACGAAGUCGUCGAUUCAGGGCAUCGAAAGAAGCGGCUGAAAAGGAAGAGGAGAUCUCCAAUAUCCGAAACAAGUUGAAGGAAGAGGGUAUUCCCUUGCCUCCGGAGAAAGCCAAGGAAGAGAGAUUCGACUCCAAUUGCAUUACUCCUGGCACACCUUUCAUGGCCAGAUUGGCCAUUGCCUUGCGCUAUUAUGUUCAUCUCAGAAUGACCAGUGAUCCCGCUUGGAUGAAUCUGAAGGUAUCCGGUUGUUUUAAAUUUGAAGAAACCCACUGUUUUAUAUUUAUUUCCUCGUUUCAGGUGAUUCUUUCCGACGCGAAUGUGCCUGGAGAAGGCGAGCACAAGAUCAUGGAUUACAUCCGACGCCAGCGCGCCUCCCCUGGCCACGAUCCCAACACCGUGCAUUGUUUGUGUGGUGCUGACGCUGAUCUGAUUAUGCUUGGGCUGGCCACUCACGAGGUCAACUUUAACAUCUUAAGAGAAGAAUUCGUUCCGAAUCAACCAAGACCCUGUGAAUUGUGUCAUGGUUAUGGACACGAAUUGAAGAAUUGUCAGGGAUUAUUGUCAGUUCAGAACAAGGACGACGAACCCAUUGUGAAACACACGAAUUUUAUUUUCAUUCGGCUCCCAGUGUUGAGAGAAUAUCUGGCGAAGGAUCUGGAGAUUCCUGGGCUACCAUUUCCGUAUGAUCUUGAGCGAGCCAUCGACGACUGGGUAUGAUUUUGAUUUGAUUGGUUUGGAUCGAUAUUAUUUUUCAGGUAUUUAUGUGCUUCUUCGUGGGUAAUGAUUUCCUGCCUCAUCUCCCGUCUCUUGAGAUUAGAGAAGGCGCAAUUGAUCGUUUGAUUAGAUUGUACAAGGAUAUGGUGGUGCAACAAAAGGGAUGGCUCACAGAGAAUGGAGAGGUUUCGACAGAAAGAGUUGAGAUUAUGAUGAAAGGACUGGGGAAGGCUGAGGAUGAUAUCUUCAGGAACAGACAGGAGAGUGAACUCAGAUUCAGAGCCAAUCAGAAACGGCGAAAACUUCAAGAGAAGAGUCGUCAGAAGCCGGCGUUUCUCCCUCCAUCUCAAUCCAUUAUUGCUCCGCAUGCUCCGAAUGAGAAGAUGCCUUAUGUGUCCGGUGCUGAAGCUCGAGCUCAGAUGGCCGAUCAACGCAGGGCGGCUAUGAAACAUGAGGAAGCUGAACGUGGAUUGGCUGCCCUUCUGAGGCCAGUCAAACGGAAAGACGACGAUCCCGAGCUCCCCGUCCCUCCAGCGAAGGUGAGUUGAACAACGGCACUUGACCUCGUUUGUUUGGUGAUGGUUGAUGUGAUGUUUUGGCCCUUGGCUUUGUGUGAUUUGUUUUGGUUGCUACUUCCGCCUUAGUUUUUGUUGAGUUUGUUGGUUAGGUGUUUCAAAACGACAUUAUCCUUGCACUGAUCAGUUUCCUAAUUUGCAAUUAAGAAUCAUAAUUGCUGCGUAGCGGGUUAAAGAAUCGCUUCUUCACGUCGAUCAGCCCCGGACUCGGGUCUGGUGCCGUCGAAAGACGCCCCAACUAACCGUCCUAAUUUUUAGUCUUUUAAGGCCACUGCCGACGAUACUGUGAAGGAUGGACAGUGGCGGGAAAUUAAGAGAAAGGCCCAUGAUUCGGAAGACUCGGAUCAGGAACCAGAGGAUAAUAUAAGACUCUGGGAAGACGGAUGGAAGGACAGAUAUUACAAACAGAAGUUUGGAGUCGCUGAAAGUGACAUCACCUUCCGGAGAAAGGUCGCUUGGGCCUACACCGAAGGCCUGUGCUGGGUCUUGAAGUAUUAUUACCAGGUAUGGAAAUAAGUUAUUUAAUUAAUUUUUUUGGGUUUAGGGUUGUGUUAGCUGGAAUUGGUACUAUCCCUACCAUUAUGCUCCAUUUGCCUCUGACUUUGACAACAUUUCUGAGUACAAACCAGAUUUCUCGAAGCCGACCGUCCCCUUCAAUCCACUUGAACAGUUGAUGGGUGUAUUCCCCGCUGCUUCUGGAGCUCAUAUCCCAGAAUGUUGGAGAAAGCUGAUGACUUCCAAAACCUCUCCCAUUGUGGACUUUUAUCCCCUCGACUUCAAAAUUGAUUUGAAUGGAAAGAAGUUUGCUUGGCAAGGAGUGGCUUUAUUGCCGUUUGUGGAUGAGAAGUUGUUGUUGGAAACUUUGAAGGAUGUAGGUUUUUUAUAAUAUCUCAAAGUAGGCUGUUUAGUAUUACCAUGAACUUUCCGAAGAAGAGAAAGCGAGAAAUGUGAGAGGAUCGGACAGGUUAUUCAUCGGAGCCAGACAUCAGUUAUAUGGGUUCUUGAAGUCGAUAUUUGAUGAGGGAAAAGAAGGUAUUAACACUGAAAAUUGGGUGGCCAUAAAGCCGGAAACCGCCGAAGGAAUGUCUGGAGAAGUCAGAUAUGAUCCUACCGCUGUCGCUCCAGGCGCUGUUUAUGAAUCCCACUUCAAUUGUGAUGCUUAUAUCGACAUAAAGGUAGGAUUUAACAAGGGAAGUACCCCAAGUGCGACGCUCAGAUUUUCUUUAAAUUUUGCACACACGUCGGGAAUAGACUAAAUAUCAAUUCCUGAAAGUUUUAGCUCGCGCUUUGCAGGAGCCGCCGAGAUAUCGGACGAUUUAUGCCGCCGAGAGAGCACGCUAAACGUGGAGAGCGGUCAGAGAGAAAAGCGCUUUUUGGCCAUAACUUUGGCAGUUUUGUGCGGAAAAAUUUGAUUUUUUGUAGAAACAUUAUCCUUUACGGUAGAAAUAGGCACGAAACUUUUCGUGCCGAAAUUCAGCAAAAAGUACUAAAUUUUCGCCGACUUUCAGUCUAAAAAUCUCCGUCGUUUCUGCAAAGCGCGAGCUAGAAUUCUCGCAUAUAUCUUAGAAAAAAUUAUUCUAAAUUUGUGCCAAGUUUCAUCAAAAUCUGAGCGUCGCACUUGGGGUACUUCCCCUGUAAGUUUAAUUCUAAUCUUAGCGGGUUCAUUAAGUAUUGAAUUUUUCGGCGAAAAAGUUUAACGAAAUUUUAUUUCUUUCAAAAUUGGGAGGAUAUUAUAUGUCAGAAAUUCUUGCGUACAGGGUAGUUAACCCGGAGCUUCCUUACGAGUCUACGUCACGGAGGCACUGACCUUUGAUAUCUUCGUUCCAAAUUUUGGAGCCCAAAAGCGGUGAAAUGUAAAAUUUUUGCAAUGAUUUUAAAUUGGGUUUCUCGAACGUACUAAAUACGAUUAUGAUAUUUGGGGUUCACAUUAGCGACCCUCAUUUUUUUAGAAGUUUUGCAAGAAGACAAUGCCCACCAAAACCGAACUGGUGGGUGUUGAGCCAUAAGUAAAAGUCGUUUUAAAGCAUAUACGAAAGGCUAUAUAUAGCUGUAUCAAUCGCUUUAAAUAUCUUGUUCAUUCUAGGCCAACAAUUGUUUGAUGGUCGCUUUCCGUGAUCCUCAAUUCCCGAAGGGAUAUAUCUUCCCAGCUACACGAUUGGAAGGUGCAGUUACCCCCGAAGCAACCCUGAAACCAGAAGAUUGGAAUACGAGAAGACAAGGAGAUUACCGUCCCAACACUGGAUUCACGAGACAUCGCCCUCAGGCACAACUCUCUGACUCUGGCCACAGAAUGGUUCGCCAUGAAAUUAGAGAUAACAGGGUUAGUAACAUUACCGAGUAAACCAGUAGUCCGUGAUUGUUGUAUUUGCUUUUCAUAUUCCCCUCUUCGCUGUUGUAUCUUGUCUUGAUCUCAUGGGUGCGAUGGCCUUAGUUUAACUCGACUUUUAUCCUUCUUGAUCGUCCUUCAUAUUGUCAUGUCCUCACUGGUAUAAUAGGCGAAGUAUUUAUCCUUCCUAAUUUCAGCAGAACCGACCUUAUCAAAGGAAUGACAAUAAUAAUUAUGGCGGACGGAAUGACAGAUAUGACAGCAGAAAUGACCGCCGUGAUAAUAGAAACGCCCGGCCUUAUGGGCAACCCCCACCUAAUGCAUGGCAACAAGGCCCCCCUCCACAGCCUCCCUAUCAUCGGGGUCCCCCGCCAGCACCUCCUAUGAGUUUCAGCCAACAGGCCAUUUAUGGAGCUGCCUCUUAUUUCCCUGCCGCCCCCACGCCUCCACAAUUACAACAGCCCCAAGGGUAUGUCGGAUCCUUCUCAAAUCCACCGCCUCAACGGCAGAAUCGGCGCGGACCUCCGCCCAAUCAAAACAUUUACGGACAGGCCGAUCAACAACCUUAUGGUGGAUAUAAUGGGUUCUUUGGAUGA